AUGAAAAACACCGACCAUUAUGAUUCGUACGACUAUCGAUGCCGUGACAGUGGUACAUCUGAUUCUGAAUCCGACAAUGGUCGGGAUGACAGUAAUUCGGUGUCCAGUGCGUACCAAGGUUCAAGUGAUGGUGAUGGCGAUGGCGAUGGUGAUAGUCACGGUGAAAAAUUUGUUGAAUUUGAUGCAGUUGUAGGUGAUAGAACAGUGAAAAUUAAUGCCCUUACUGCUGAUGAAAUUCGUGCUAUGGAAUUCGGUACAGUUGAUGAAGCUAAUGUGUUUUAUUUCAAGUAUGCUAAAUGUAAAGGGUUUGCCAUUAGGAAAAGUGAUGUUAGGACAAGAUCGACUGAGGGUGGACAAACAAUUAUAAUGAGGCAGUUUGUAUGCAAUAAACACGGUCUAAGAGAUACAAAACACUUAAGGAGGCUUGAUAGAAAAAGAGAACACAGACCUACGACCCGCACUAAUUGUCCCGCUAGGCUUCGUGUGCAUUACAACCCCCAGAAGGAUAGUUAUGUAGUGACAUGUUUUGAAGAGGCUCACAACCAUGAAUUAACACCAUCUAGGUUUGUCCACUUACACCCCAUUUAUCGUGAGAUUACUGCAGCAGAUAGAGCUCAAAUUGACGGUCUACAGUCAAAUGGAAUUAGAACUUGUCAUAUAAUGGGGUACAUGGUUGCUCAGAAGGGUGGACACGAUCGUGUUGGGUUUACAAAGAAGGAUAUGUACAAUUAUUUUGAUAGUAAAAUGCGUGCUAAUAUUAAAGAUGGUGACGUUGCCGCUGCUAUAAAUUAUCUAACUGUGAAGUAA